AUGCCAAAGGACAAACUCCAAUCUAAAGAGGAGAGAGACAAGGACAAUUCCAGGCCCGAGGCAGACAAGAUUCAGCAGCAAGUCAAAUUCGAACUUGACAACAACAUCUCACAACACCUGUUGGUUAUCCAAACUCCUACUUUUACAGAUGAUUGGUACUCAGAGAAAUUGAUUCCCGAUCCUUCUCAAAAUGUCAAAGAUUACUAUGACAUGAAAAAAACAAUUAUCAGAGAAUACAGCAUUAAAAAAACACCAGGAAAUGUUAAUCUGUAUUCACUUGAUCCAACAAAUAAUAAUAAUAUUCAACCUCUAGAUGUUAGAGCAUAUAUUCACCCAACUCCUUUGGAUAUUUAUUAUACUGUGCUAACUCCCUCUCUUUCAUUUAAUCAAACAACUCAACAAGCAAACAUCUCCAACCUACCUUCUCAACUCUCUUCUUCUCAUACAACAGCACCUCCAGCACCAGCCAUCGCCUAUUCUAAAAGACUAUUACUUAUAUAUUCCAAACAUUCAAUCCCUGCAGCUUCAGAUUUUGAACUCAUACUGAACAGUCUAAAUGACAUCAAGCUUUCACUUACCCCCAAGAAGAAAUCUGUUGCAUUCUCUGAUAUGACCCAAGCCAAAUGGGAGUCCAUAAUUGAUUUUACUGGUAUCGACUUCAAGGAGGAAGUUAUUCGUGUCAGCCCCGACAAACUUCAACAAGAGGCAAUAGAACCAUUCGCUCGGAAUCCCAACCUGAAUGAAGUAGAUCAAAUGGAACCAGCUCUACAAUGGCUUAAAACCAAUAUUCCACUUCCUGCAUCACUUGAGUAUAAAGAUGUCCACGACAGAAAGAAUCUAUUUUUUCUCUCAAAACACCUCUCAUUUCUUCCAUUUGGACUGAAGGGUACACCAGACUUUGUAGUCGCUCCUCAAGGGAUCAAACACUUUCUGACUCAGCUGUACUUAUUGGUUUUGAUUUCAAAGACCCUCAUUGGUUUUGAUUUCAAAGACCAAGUACAGCUGAGUCAGAAAAGAUUAACAUAUUUGGUUGUUAAUUUUGAACAGAUAUUACAGAUGAUCAACUCAAGCGAUUUAAAAUCUAAAUCUGAUAUAGAUUUUUUGGAACUUUUAGUUUACGAAAAUCAAUUUAAAUUCAAUAGAAUAAAAAAAAAUAAUAAAUCUUACAAGAUCAACUCAAUCGUUUGUUUCUCACAACAAAAUGUAGGACCAUUUUAUGGUAAAAUAAAAUCUAUUACAUAUCAAAUAAACAAAGUUAAAAUAGAAGUAUGUGUAUUCGAACCUUUACCAUUGGAAUUCAACACCAAAGUCAUAACAUCUAAAGGAAACCUCAUCAAUGAUAGUAAAUUUGAACCAUUGAAAUCGAAAAUAGAGGAAAUGAGUCAAGAAAUGGUCCAUUCUAUGAAGAAACCAAUUGAUCUAUAG